CUGGGUGAACCUACUAAUACUAAUUAUUAAUAAAAUUUACUUGAUUUAUUGAUUUUCCUAAAGUCAAAAUUCUAAAUAUUAAUUUAAUUGGGUUUUCCGCAUUAUGUAUUCAGUAGUUAAUAUCCUGACUUAAAUUGUUUGAUAUAGUUAUAGCUACGGUAAAUAAGGAAAUUGGAUAGUGUAAUAAUCACUAAACCGUUCUACUGAAUUACAUUUUUAAGAAACAAGAUGUCUCACAAACCAACGCCAUAUAGUCCAAACUUCCCAUCUAGUCAGGGUUAUGCUCCACCAGCAGAAGGGGGAAAAUCAAAUGAAAGCUACCCUAUGAAUCCACAAGUUGGGUAUCCAGGACCACCACCUUCGCUACCCCCAGGAGCUCAACCAUUACCAGGAAUGCAGCAUGGAUUCCAACCAGGUUUCCAGCCUGGCUUUCAACCUGGAUUUGUGCCUGGUUUUCAGCCAGGAUAUGCUCAAGCACAUCCUGGAUAUCCACACCCACAGCCUGGUUAUCCACAACCACAACUGGGAUAUUCACCUACACCAAUUGUUCAACAGCCUGGGCCAGGCCAAGCUCCAGGUGGAUGGAUGACUAUACCGCAAGGACUCAGCAACUGUCCUCCUGGUUUGGAAUACCUAUCUUUGAUUGACCAAUUACUUAUACAUCAAAAGGUGGAACUUCUAGAGGCGUUUGUUGGUUUUGAAACAAACAAUAAGUAUACAGUUAAAAAUGCAAUGGGACAAAAAGUAUAUUAUGCUGUUGAAGAUAAUGAUUGUUGCACAAGAACUUGCUGUGGGCCAAUACGUCCAUUUGAUAUGAAAAUCAUGGACAACUUUCAGAAUGAGGUUAUUCACCUAAAUCGCCCUUUAGCAUGCGAUUCUUGUUGGUGUCCGUGUUGGUUACAAAGCAUGGAAGUAACUUCGCCUCCUGGUACCGUCAUUGGCUCCAUUGAACAAGAGUGGUCAAUCUUCAAGCCCUGCUACGUCAUAAAGAACGCCACAGGAGAAGUUGUACUUAAAAUCAAAGGGCCUGUCUGUACGUUUUCUAUCUGUGGAGAUGUAAAGUUUAAUGUUUAUUCCAAAGAUGGUGAGACCAAAGUCGGGAAAAUUACCAAACAGUGGUCGGGUUUGGCCCGUGAAGCCUUCACCGAUUCAGAUUAUUUCGGCAUCACGUUCCCAAUGGAUUUGGAUGUCAGGAUAAAGGCAGUGCUGCUUGGAGCAUGUUUUUUGAUUGACUUUAUGUUCUUCGAAAAGUCCGGAAAUCAAGAACUAGAUCGGCCCGGUAUGCUGUAAGUUGACUCGUGGUUUUAAUGCGAUCACUGCGAUACAAGUUUCUUUUGGCACUGAGCUUUUGUUAAAUGACGCGGACUUAACCUUGUAAAAUGGUGUUCUGAUAACAAAGAAUAUUUUUAAGUGCCAAGAAUCCUUGUAUGAUUGUAUUUUUAUAUUAAUACUUAUAUGUUAGCCAUAUAUAUCACAAAGGCUUGCUUCUAUUAACAAAUGUUAUAGCCAUUUUGUUUCGUUUUUUUUAUAUUUGAUCUUUAAUGGAAAGUAAAUAUAAGCAUUUUCCUUUUAGUAUUUAAGAAUUUUGUGAUUUUCAUUUGUUCUACUAUGAAUCUAUUUUAAUAAUGAUUUUGUAUUACUUCGUAUUAUUUACAUAAGUAUUUAAACGCACUCAAAGAAUCUCAAUUUGUGAAUUUCAGUUCAGUUUUAAAAUCUGGUUAAGUUUAACGGUUUGACUUGAGAUGCGUUGAUGCCUAAAAUACGUAAUUUAUGGUCUUUUAAUAAUAGCGGUUGACACAACAAGAGAAAGAGCCAAAACAGUACGUAAGUUAAAAGAGUGUAAUUAUACUGAUUUGGUUUCCAUUCAUAUGGGAGUUCAUCUUAUCUCACCGAAGUAUAUAGCUGGAUUUUUUAAACAAAACCUUGGAAAGUACCCUAGAGUAAAUACAUUUCAAUUUUCCUAAGAAACACAUGACGUGUGCCAUAAAUGUACGUAAAGCCUGCCUAAUGUCGUAAUAGUGGUUCCAUCGGGCUAUAAGACUUACCUUCCUAAGUAAGAUUUGCUAAGUAUUACAAAUCAAAACCUCAUUUGAUAAAACAAAACGGCAAUGAAUUUCAAAAAUAUAUAACUUAGUUGAUUUAUGUUUGUAGUACAUAUUUAAUAUGAACAACCAAAUGCUCUAAUUUUUUGUAACUGUUACGGAUUUAUGCCGAUAUAAUCAAAUCAAAUAAAAUUGCAUUAAAUUAAAACUCGCUCUCUAUGGUAUUUUUCGUCCAGGUGGUGAUAGAAAAUUCCACCCUAUAUACCAAUGCUCCCUUAAAUGUUCAUGGCACUAUAUUAGAGAUCUUAUGUCUAAUCCUUGAAGUGAUCCACAUAAAUGUAACAAAACUUGUUUGUACGUGAGAAAUACCACCUAUUCAUAUAAUAUAAACGAGUAACAUAUGCUGUUUUUAUUAUGUACUUAUUUGUCAUUACGAUAAAAACAGAUAGAUCUAAUGGCCUACCAAGACUAUUACGAUUGUUUCGUCAAGUUUGUCACCGUGAAUACUGUAUUAACAAUUUGAGCGCUCGAUUUUGCAUAAAAGUUGUACAACUUAUAUUGUAUUCAUAGAGCGCUGCUCAGAUUUUUCAUACAAAUUUCUAUCGUUAUUACGUAGUCGACUUUAAGAAAUACAGUUUUAGUAAAAACGGCGUUAUAAGUCUGUUUGUUUUUCUUGGAUUUUUGUUACCGUAAUUUGGGUUAAAUCUUAUUAUUAUUCAAUGAUCCUAUUAACAAGAGGAGAUAAUUUUUCAUGAGAAAUGAGGCUUAUAUUCACUAGAAAUUUUAACUUGAAUAUUUUUUUAACUCUGUGAUAUUGAUUUAAGAAAUUGACAAAACCAAACUCAUUUCGGCAUUUACAAACUUUUUUAAUGAUUUAUAGAAAUGGUUGUUUGGUUUAUUUAACAUUUAUUUUAAUCUAUCCCUGUGCUUGAUAUUAAACCUAGAUAUAGUCAAUGUACAGGAAAACGGCACAAUAUAAACAUAUUUAUACAUGUUUGUACCCAAGUCAAUAUUAUUCUAUAAUGCACAAUAUUGUCUCAUAUUUAUAUGUUCUGUAUUAAAUACGUCUUGAUAGAAUUUUUUAUGCCUCUGAUAUUCGGAAUUAUACUAUUUAUUAUGUAAUAAAAUAUAACCGCUAAUUUUGUACUCAAUGAAGAAGCAUAUAAGUUUGAUAUGAGUGCCAAAAAUUAUAUUUUGUCUUAAUUAUACAUCUACAAAGACUAAGAUAAAUGUAUACUUAUGCACGUCUCUGUACUGCUUUAAAUUUAAACCGUUGCGACGAACUAUGGUUAGUAAUAGUCAGUGUGAUUGUUAUUGCAUAUUAAUUAUUAUUUAUAAUUUUGUUAAAUGUUCAUAUUAUUGAAUAUCUUUUAACUCAAAAGUACUCUUGGAUUGUAUUCUUGCAUAUACCGGACAUUACGGCGAAACACGUCGUGAUGUCUACAUUCUGACCUUUUAUAAUUUUUAUAAGAAUUAGUAAUAUUUAAUUGUAUUGGUGCUAAUAAUUUCCUAUUGAAGUGUUAUUUCUUGUCAAAAUGCAUUUUUUUAUAUAAAAUAUUCUAGUAAUUUACAAUGUAUGGGUGUGUUUCUUGGAGACGACUAAGUGAAUUAUUGUCAAUCUAAAAUAUAAAUUUAGAAUAGCUGAAAGACGCCCAUAUUGUACGCUUUGUAAGACUUCAAUAAAACAGUGUAUCUUUU